AUGUCUACUUUCGGUAAAUUAUUCCGUGUUACCACUUACGGUGAAUCUCAUUGUAAAUCUGUCGGUUGUAUCGUCGAUGGUGUUCCUCCAGGAAUGUCAUUAACAGAAGAAGAUCUACAACCACAACUGACUAGAAGAAGACCUGGUCAAUCAAAACUAUCUACUCCAAGAGAUGAAAAGGAUCGUGUUGAAAUUCAAUCUGGUACAGAAUUUGGUAAAACUUUGGGAACUCCAAUCGCUAUGAUAGUGAAGAAUGAAGAUCAUAGACCACAUGAUUACUCAGAGAUGGAUAAAUAUCCAAGACCAAGUCAUGCUGAUUUCACUUACUCUGAAAAAUAUGGUAUUAAAGCAUCUUCUGGUGGUGGUCGUGCAUCUGCAAGAGAAACUAUUGGUAGAGUGGCAGCUGGUGGUAUUGCUGAAAAGUUUUUAAAACAAGUCUCCGAUGUUGAAAUCGUUGCGUUUGUUACUCAAAUUGGUAAAGUUAAAAUGAAUAGAGAUCCAUUUGAUCCAAAUUUCCAACAUAUUUUAAAUACUAUAACUAGAGCUAAAGUUGAUUCAAUGGGAUUCAUUAGAUGUCCCGAUGCUUCUGUAGCUGGUGAUAUGGUUAAAGAAAUUGAACAUUAUAGAGGUCAACAAGAUUCUAUUGGUGGUGUUGUAACUUGUGUCGUCAGAAACUUACCAACAGGUCUAGGUGAACCAUGUUUCGAUAAAUUAGAAGCUUUAUUAGCUCAUGCUAUGUUAUCUAUUCCUGCAUCAAAAGGGUUUGAAAUCGGUUCUGGUUUUGUUGGUGUUUCUGUUCCAGGUUCUAAACAUAAUGAUAUGUUCUAUUUCGAUGAAGAAACUAAAAGAUUGAGAACUAAAACAAAUAACUCCGGUGGUAUACAAGGUGGUAUCUCAAACGGUGAAAAUAUUUACUUCUCCGUUCCUUUCAAAUCUGUUGCUACUAUUUCUCAAGAACAACAAACUUGUACCUAUGAUGGUCAAGAUGGUACUUUAGCCGCUAAAGGUAGACAUGAUCCUGCCGUCACUCCACGUGCCAUUCCAAUUGUUGAAGCCAUGACCGCUUUGGUUCUAGCCGAUGCUCUAUUGAUUCAAAAAUCUAGAGAUUACGCUAGAAGUGUCACCCAUUGA